CCCCACUGAACCGCAGCCAUGAAUUUCCUCAGGCGGCGUCUCUCCGACAGCAGCUUCGUGGCCAACCUGCCCAAUGGCUACAUGACCGACCUGCAGCGCCCAGAGAGCUCCACCAGCUCCCCCGCCUCCCCGGCCAUGGAGAGGAGGCACCCCCAGCCCCUGGCAGCCUCCUUCUCCUCCCCGGGGUCCAGCCUCUUCAGCUCCUUCUCCAGUGCCAUGAAGCAAACGUCACAGGGCCCUGUGGGGCUGGCAGAGCCCCCCACACCCUCCACACCCAUGGUCCAAAGACCCAGGGUCCUGUUGGUGAUUGAUGACGCUCACACAGACUGGUCGAAAUAUUUCCACGGGAAGAAGGUGAAUGGAGAGAUUGAGAUUCGAGUGGAACAGGCAGAAUUCUCAGAGUUGAACCUGGCAUCUUAUGUAACUGGGGGCUGCAUGGUGGACAUGCAGGUCGUGAGGAAUGGGACAAAAGUUGUAAGAUCCUUCAAGCCCGACUUUGUCCUGGUCCGUCAGCACGCCUACAGCAUGGCACUGGGUGAGGAUUACCGAAGCCUGGUGAUCGGCCUGCAGUAUGGAGGGCUGCCUGCGGUCAACUCCCUCUACUCCGUCUACAACUUCUGCAGCAAGCCUUGGGUGUUCUCUCAACUCAUCAAGAUCUUCCAUUCCCUGGGUCCUGAGAAGUUCCCACUCGUAGAACAGACAUUUUUCCCCAACCACAAGCCAAUGCUUGCAGCCCCGCACUUCCCCGUGGUGAUCAAGCUGGGACACGCCCAUGCCGGCAUGGGAAAGAUCAAGGUUGAAAACCAGCAUGACUACCAGGACAUCACCAGUGUGGUGGCCAUGACCAAAACCUAUGCCACCACAGAGGCCUUCAUCGACUCUAAGUAUGACAUCCGCAUCCAGAAAAUCGGAUCCAAUUACAAGGCAUACAUGAGGACCUCCAUCUCCGGAAACUGGAAAGCCAACACAGGCUCAGCCAUGCUGGAGCAGGUGGCCAUGACAGAGAGGUACAGGCUCUGGGUGGACAGCUGCUCAGAAAUGUUCGGUGGCCUGGACAUCUGUGCCGUCAAAGCCGUCCACAGCAAAGACGGUAGAGAUUACAUCAUUGAGGUGAUGGACAGCUCCAUGCCUCUGAUUGGAGAGCACGUGGAAGAGGACAAACAGCUGAUGGCCGACCUGGUUGUCUCCAAAAUGAGCCAACUUCUGAUGCCAGGGUGCACGGUGCCCUCCCCCCUGAGACCCUGGGCUCCGCAGAUGAAACCUGCGAAAUCCCCUGGGCAAAGCCAGUUGGGGCCUCAGCUGGGGCAGCCCCAGCCACGCCCCCCUCCACAAGGGGGCCCUCGUCAAGCUCAGUCUCCUCAGCCACCCAGAUCUAGAAGCCCCUCCCAGCAGAGGCUCUCCCCACAGGGCCAGCAGCCUGUGAGCCCCCAGGCUGGAUCUCCUCAGCAGCAAAGGUCCCCUGGCUCUCCACAGUUAUCUCGGGCCUCGGGUGGUAGCUCUCCAAACCAGGCCUCCAAGCCAGGCACCAACCUCGGCUCACAACCCCGGCCCCAUGUGCAAGGCCGCAGCACCUCCCAGCAGGGUGAGGAGCCCCAGAAACCAGCACCACCACAUCCCCAUCUCAACAAAUCCCAGUCAUUGACCAACAGCCUGGGCACAUCAGAUGCCACCCAGCGUGGGGCUCCGAGUGAAGAUGAGGCCAAGGCCGAGACCAUUCGCAACCUGAGGAAGUCCUUUGCCAGCCUGUUCUCUGACUAGUC